CUCUCUCUUUUUAAAAAAAUGUAUUUAUUUAUUUAUUUAUUUAUUUUUACCGACCUUUAAUAGUACUCUACAUCUGAGAUGACAGGUGACACACACAGUGGUGUGUUACAAUUAUUAUUAUUUUUUUACCUCCGUCUUUUAUGAUAAUUAAGUUACAAGGAAUGUUUUCGAUUUUUUCCGCCAUCUUCCAAGAGGAUAAUUGUGGUAUUUUGUAAUUAGCCUACUGUAAAGAAUCAACGGAUUUAUUCCCUGGGAAUUAAGUAAUUUUAAAGUGCUUACGAUUAUGAUUGAUCCAAGACCUCUGUUGGCAGGGCUGCCAUCGGAUCCAGUUGCCAGGGCGAUGACUAUGUCUCAUCAUGAGGAGACGAGGGCUUCAUGUUGCACACACCCUCCAUCUCCGCCCUGGGACCCCGCCGAAGACCUCCGCUGCAUCACCACCACCUUCCAGUAUCUGCACACCUCAGGUUGGUACUGGGGGCCCAUGUCAGCAAGUGAAGCUCGAGAUGCUCUUCUGAAAAAGCCUGAGGGGACAUUCCUGGUGCGCGACAGCAGCCACCCUCAGUACAUGCUGACCCUAUCAGUGAAAACCCGCUGUGGACCCACCAACGUCCGCAUAGAGUACAGGACGGGCUGCUUUUGGCUGGACUCCAGUUCUCCUGGCCUGCCUCACUUGCAGUCUUUCCCCAACGUCCUCAGCCUCAUACAGCACUACAUCGGGUCGGGACAUUCUCCACAAGGCCAGACAGCCGAUGAGGACAACCUUCAUCCAAAAGCAAAGCCUGACCCUGGCCAGCCCACAGCUAAGGACAGCGGAGUGCUUCUGAAGCUGAUGUGCCCCUUAAACAAGCCUCAGGCCUUCCCCUCCUUACAGCACCUCACACGCCUCACUAUCAACAGACACACCUCCGGCCCCGAGCUGCUGCCGCUCCCGAGGCCUCUGCUGCACUACCUGCAGGACUACCCCUUCCACAUAUGAAGCUCCUCUGGCCCACCUGGCCCUCAGGCUCAGUGUCACGUGUCACAACCUCAAACUGUGAAUCGGCGAUUGUUUCUGACUCCAGCCAACGACAGGAUGGCACACAAACAAAAUGCUGUCAUUAUUCAACUUUACCAUUAUCUAAAUCUCACAGAAACCUCAUAUCCAUCAUAUCUGCUGAUUUUUUUUUUUUUUUAAUGUUUUUAUAUGUUCUGACUCUUUUAUUUGAACAAUGAAAAUAUAUGCCGUUUGGUCUUCAGGAUUUUUUUUAACCACAAGUAGGAAGCAGAAUGGGAGUCAGCAGGGACCUCCCAAGAUGAUAUAAUUCACAAUACUUGGGUGCAGAUUCAUCAUGUACUGCAAUUCUGUAAUGAUUGUGAUUCUGAGAUUUGAUUUUACGAUAUUGUCCAAUUUUGUUGUUCUUUUAAACACCGGACUAUGGAAAACAACAUUUUUUUUCACACUACCAUCUGUUGCAUUCUAAGCAUAAACUUUUUUCCGCCCACCUUGAAUAAAAGAAAAAUGUGUCUUAAAUAA